AUGUUUCACAAACUGGCAGACAUUGAUCCCACUCAAUUAACAGAUUUUGGUGCAGUAGUCCAUCAUUCAUGGUCUCUUGUGGGUGGUAAUGUUCAUGUAGGAUCAGGAGCUGUAAUCGGGCCCAAUGUCACAAUUGGUCAAUCCACGAACAUAGGUUAUAAUGUUGCACUUGCUAAUUACACGAUUGGUGAGUCAUGUGCCAUCCAUCAUGGAGUCUGCAUUGUUGAAGAUGCCAAUUAA